AUGGAGCUGCCAAGGUUGCAAGAAAUUAAGCUGCCACGUUUGAUUGUGCCAAGGGACUUAAGCCAUGUAGUUUGCUACGAAAUUCAUGGAUUCUCUGACGCGUCUGAAGCAGCCUAUGCCGCGGCGGUGUAUUUACGUUCUGACGUUGUAACUGGGGAAGCUGUAGUUAAGCUUGUUGCUGCAAAGACAAAGGUCGCUCCCCUCAAGAUAAUAUCUCUACCAAGACUGGAGCUGUGUGGAGCACUUCUCGUUGCACGACUUAUGAAGAGGAUUCAAGAGGCACUCAACUUAAAGCUUGACCUGUACGGUUGGACGGACUCGACUGUUGCUCUUAGCUGGAUUCGUGGUGCACCUUCUAAAUGGAAAGUUUUUGUGGGAAACAGAGUCAGUGAAAUUCAAGACAUUGUCUGUCCUGCAAAUUGGCGUCAUUGUCCAUCUGUUGACAAUCCUGCUGAUUGCGCUACACGGGGCAUCGCGUCAAGUGAAUUAAUUUCUCACCCAAUCUGGUAUUCUGGACCGCAAUGGCUGAAGAAAUCUCCUAGUUCUUGGCCGUCACAGAUAGUUUACGACCUAAAGGGAUCUCAGGAAGAGCAAGUAACUACUCAUGUAACAGUGAACGUUCUCCAAACUUCUCGAGAAUCUAUMUUUGAUUUGUUUCCUUACUCAUCACUCAUAAAGAUAGUUCGCGUAUUGACGUGGUGUCGUCGAUGGCUAACAAUGCGUCAUCAAAGGUCUACAAAGUGUCUAUCGUUAACUACUGAAGAGAUGAAAGAUUCACUCAACCUGCUGAUAAAAGAGGCRCAAAAGACAGAAUUUGCGGAGGAGAUUGAAAGCUUACAGAAAGAACACUGUGUCUCAAGAAGAAGUAAACUUGUGUCACUGUGUCCAUUCCUAGAUGGUGAUCUGUUGCGUGUUGGCGGACGAUUGAAUCUUGGCAAAUUGCCCUAUGACCAAAAACACCCCAUUUUUCUGCCAAAAAAAGCAUGUUAUAACGAAUCUGAUCAUACAGCACGAGCAUUUGAAAAAUCUGCAUGCUGGUCCACAAUUGUUACAAUCUACGCUACGUCAAAGAUUUUUGAUAAUAGGAAUGAGAGAUCUGGUGAGACGAUUCGUGAACAGUUGUGUCAAGUGCAGACGACAAAGAGCAGAAUGCCUGCAGCAGUUAAUGAGUGCACUACCAAAAGACCAAAAGAAAGAAUAACGUCUCAAAGAGCUUUCCUGACCACUGGCAUAGAUUACGCUGGACCUAUUUUGCUGAAAACUGGACGUGGGCGUGGAACACGAAAUGAGAAAGCCUGGUUGUUCGUAUGCUUUGCUGUAAAGGCAGUACACAUAGAGUUGGUGAGCAGUCUCUCGACAGAGGCCUUCCUCGCAGCCCUGAAGAGAUUUGUUUCGCGCCGCGGGAAACCAAGCAAAAUCUACAGUAACAACGGCACAAACUUUGUCGGGGGCAGCAAGGAACUUAAAGAGCUUUAUCGACUAGUACGCUCCAAAGAUCACAACGAAAGAGUGUCCGAAUCUGUACAUCACGACGAGAAUGGCAUUUUGCACCUCAAAGGGGGAGUCAUUUUGGAGGAUUGUGGGAAGCGGGCGUUAAGAGCGUCAAGUACCAUUUACGCCGAAUCGUUGGCAACGUAA